UAGUUUCCUAGCAUUCUUUUUUAACAAAUUGUUUUCCUAGAGACAACCUGAUACAGUUUCUUCUUGAGCCAUAGACCCGUUUUGAUCUCUGUCAGAGUUUUGUAGCGAAGAAAAUGAAGUUUGGAGAACACUUGAGAGAAGCUCUUAUCAAGAAUUAUGCGUUCUACUACAUUUCCUAUGAUGACCUUAAGCAUCAAUUGAAGAAGGCAUUGAAGGACAAUGACGACAAGUGGACCAACGACUUGGAAGAAGAUUUUCUUGCCGAGUUGGAGAAGGAGUUGGACAAGGUUUAUCUGUUCACCAAGGUGAAGAACACUGAAGUUCAUCGUCGUAUUAAGGAUUCUGAAAAAUAUGUCUAUGAAGUGGUUGCCGCCAUUGAUGACCCAAACCCAGAUGAACGUCCAGAUGAGCGUAUUUUCGAAGAUUUGGAAGAAGAACUCUCGGAUAUCAUUGCUGAUGUGCAUGAUUUGGCCAAGUUCACUCGUUUGAACUACACUGGAUUCCAAAAGAUUCUUAAGAAACAUGACAAGACCACCAAGUUUUCUCUUAGACCUAUCUUCUCGGUCCGUUUGAGUGCCAAGCCGUUCUACAAGGACAACUAUGACAACUUGAUUGUCAAGUUAUCCAAGUUGUAUGACUUGGUCAGAACCAGAGGUAACCCAGUUAGAGGUGACUCUGCCGCUGGUGGUUCCCAACAAAACUUUGUUAGACAAACCACCAAGUAUUGGGUUCAUCCAGAUAACAUCACUGAGUUGAAAUUGAUUGUGUUGAAGCAUUUGCCAGUGUUGGUUUUCAACGCUGAUAAGGAAUUUGAUGUCGAAGAUCUGGCAAUCACUUCCAUCUACUAUGAUAACAAGGACAUGGACUUGUACUAUGGAAGAUUGAGAAAGGAUGAAGGUGCCGAGGCUAUCAGAUUGAGAUGGUACGGUGGUAUGAAGACAGACCAAAUUUUCGUUGAAAGAAAAACCCAUAGAGAAGAUUGGACCGGUGAAAAAUCUGUCAAGGCAAGAUUUGCCUUGAAAGAAAAGAAAGUUAAUCAAUUCAUGACUGGUGAGUUUACUGCUCAACAAGCUUUUGAAAAGGCCAGAAAAGAUGGUAAGAAAUCUGUGCAAGAAAUCGAUAACUUGGAAAGUUUGGCUAAGGAAGUUCAAUAUAGAGUCAUUAAGGACAAGAUGAGACCAGUCAUGCGUUCUUUCUACAAUAGAACUGCUUUCCAAUUACCAGGUGAUGCACGUGUGCGUAUUUCCUUGGACACAGAAUUAUCUAUGGUGAGAGAAGACAACUUUGACGGCCAUGAUAGAACCAAUGGUAAUUGGAGAAGAAUGGAUAUCGGAGUUGAUUUCCCAUUCAGUCAAUUGUCUGAGCUGGAUAUUUGCAGAUUCCCAUACGCUGUCUUGGAAGUCAAGUUGCAAACCCAAUUAGGACAAGAACCACCUCAAUGGAUUAGAGACUUGGUUCAAAGUCAUAUUGUCGAAGCUGUUCCAAAGUUUUCGAAAUUUAUACACGGUGGAGCCACCUUGUUACCAGACUAUGUAGACUUGUUGCCAUUCUGGUUGCCACAAAUGGAUGUUGACAUCAGAAAGCCAAAGAUUCAAGAGGGAUUUGGAAUUAAGAGAGAUAAGCAUUUACAUAAAUCUUCAUCUUCUGGUGGAGAAAUGGAUGAGGAAGAAUUGUUAGACAAUACUGAUUACUCUGGAUACGGUGGUGUUCACUUCUCCAAUGAUAUCAAUCCAUUGGAAGAUGAUUUGGAUGAACAAACCCCGUUAUUGCUUCCAAACAACUACUCUUCAAGACAAUCAAACAAUCCGGUUAAAACCUUCCUUUACCACAUGUAUGGUAAAUUCUUGUACUACUUCAAUGAUGACAGAUCUUUUACUGUCAAGCCUGGUACCAACUUCAACUUGAAUGAAACAUAUAAGAACAAACUUCCUAAGGGUAAGAAGAUUUGUAUUCCUAUUAGAAUUGAACCAAAGGUUUACUUUGCUGCUGAAAGAACUUUCUUGAGUUGGUUGUCCAUUGGUAUGCUCUUGGGAUUCACUGGUUCCGCUUUGUUGAACUACGGUAAUAGAAGUGCCUUGACCGCCGCUAUCGGGUUUUUCAUUACUUCUUUGACUACAUUGAUCUACGCCAUCUACAUUUACGUUUGGAGAACCAUCCAAAUUAGAGGCAAGAAGGCCGUCGAGUACGCUGACUCCUUCGGUCCUAACAUGAUUUGUUUCUUCAUUGCAGCAUCUACAUUUGCUACAUUUACAUUCAAGUACUUUGACCUUUAAUUCUUUUUAAUACUCUAAAAUAAAAACACUAAUUAAAAUAAUAUUCGAAACCUAGUAAAAUGUGAUAUUUGUAAGGUCUAAAAUC